AUGCGUAGAAGUAUAUUUCUAGAUAAUACAAUCGAAUUUUUAAAAGGGCGAGUUUACCUUGGAGCAUACGAUUUCACUCCAGAUGAUACAGAUGAAAUUGUUUUCUUUACAGUUGAAGAUUCAAUUUUUUAUAACAGUUUCCAUUUAGAUUUUGGUCCUUUAAAUAUUGGUCAUCUCUAUAGAUUUGCCGUUAUUUUCCAUGAAAUAUUAAAUAACCCUGAUAAUUCAAAUAAAGCAGUUGUCUUUUAUUCAUCUGCAUCUUCAAGACAAAGAGCCAAUGCCGCAUGUAUGUUAUGUUGUUAUAUGGUAUUAGUUCAAGGUUGGACUCCUCAUCAAGUAUUACAACCUUUAGCCCAGGUAGACCCCCCAUUUAUGCCAUUUAGAGAUGCAGGUUAUUCUAAUGCGGACUUUGAAAUUAGCAUACAAGAUGUAGCCUAUGGUGUAUGGCGUGCAAAGGAAAAAGGUUUAAUAGAUUUACAUUCUUUUAACUUAGAGACUUAUGAAAAAUAUGAACAUGUUGAAAAUGGUGAUUUUAACGUAUUAACACCUGAUUUUAUUGCAUUUGCAUCACCACAAGAAGAUAUGAGACUUAAUAGUAAUUUUAAAUCUCGUUCUCAUUUAAAUCAACCAUUUCGUAGUGUAUUAAAUUUUUUCUCUGAAAAUGAUGUUCAAUUAGUUGUUAGAUUAAAUUCUCAUCUUUAUAAUAAACAACAUUUUGAAAAUUCUGGAAUUCAACAUAUUGAUAUGAUUUUUGAAGAUGGUACUUGUCCAGAUUUGUCAAUUGUUCAAAAUUUUAUAGGUGCAGCUGAUACUAUUAUUAGACGUGGUGGGAAAAUUGCUGUACAUUGUAAAGCAGGCUUAGGGAGAACGGGAUGUCUUAUUGGAGCUCAUUUAAUAUAUACUUAUGGUUUUACAGCAAAUGAAUGUAUUGGAUUCUUAAGAUUCAUUAGACCUGGGAUGGUAGUAGGCCCACAACAACACUGGUUAUAUUUACAUCAAAAUGAUUUUAGAGAAUGGAAAUAUACAAUGAGAGUUGCACUAGAAUCAAGUGAAUUGAUUGGAGAUUUAUAUCCAUUGAUCACUAAUGAUGAGUAUAAGAUUCAAAAGAAAAGAUUAAGAGAUGCAACUACAACGGCGGCCUCUGCAUCUUUAGCUAGAGAAAACGGAAGAAAAGGCUCAAACAAUCUUGAAUCAAAUCUCCGAGAUUUGAAUAUGACUCCACAAAAGUCUUCAUCUUCUUCAGGUUCAAGAAAAUCUGCUGUGUUUAAUAGUCAAAAGAAUACUACUACUACUACUACUACUACCAAUACCAAUACCAAUAAUAAUAAUGCCUCACAAAUGGACUACACAAAUAAAGCUGUACCUCAAAAUUCUCCUGGGCAACCAAGAAAGGGACAAAAUGGUACUAACACAAUUGAAGAUAUUAAAGCUACUAAGAGAAGGUCGAAUAAUGAAAACGAAAGUGACAUGAAUGACAACGAUGAAGUAAUAGAUACAAUUGAUGGUGAUACUAAUAUGCUGACAGACAACAAUUCUGAUGAGGAAGACAUUAAUAAUAAACCUGUAUCAAUUACAAAUAUCUCUAGAAGAGCACAAAGAAUACAACAAAACAACCAGGAUGAUGCAGCUGAAGAAGAAGAUAACGCAAUGCUAAAACAAUUAUUACCAAAAAAUAGACGUACAACUUCUGGAAGAAGAACCCCAAGUUCGGCUGGUGGCAUAAGGAAAAUUAGUGGCACCACUAAAAAAUGA